AUGGCUGAUUACCAUUGUGCCAUUCUUGUCUCCCGCAGUAUCACCAAUACUUCCAUUUCCAUCCCGAGUUAUUCACCUCAAAACCCUUUGAUUCUGCUUCGAAAUCGUCAAUUUGCCAAUCCCAGAACUUCAAAAAGGCGGCCAAAGUUUGCACCUUUGCACUGUAGAAGUAAUGACGAACCCACUUCAUCAGUGCCCUCUUCAUCUGAUUUUGACAUCAUAGCUACCCGUGAGCAUCAUGAUGGUAGUUUAAUCUUUUUGUUUGGGGACCCCUCUGAGAUUGUUAAGGAUGAUGAGGUAUUAGAAGAAUCCAAUUUGAGGAUUACUGAAGUGGUGAGUGAAUUUCAAGAAAAACAUAACGCAUUGAAGGUUUUGGAUGCUGAUACUGAGAGCCAUACAACAGUUCAAACAAUACAAAGGGAAGCCAAGAACUUAAAUGUGGCUUCUGAUGCUGUGAAUUCAACUGUAACAAAUGUGGCUGUCGAUGCUCAGAAUCCAACUGUUACAAAUGGGGCGCCUGAUAGUUUGACUUUUUCUGUUAUAGGUUCGGUUUCUGAUAUGUUAAGUACAGCAACGUCUAGCCAAAAGAGUAGUGAUUCUAUAGAGGGAUUCAGUGAGUUAAGUGAAAAGUUAGUGGAAGAAGCGAAUGAUGUCAAUAAUGUAGAAUCUGGUGUAGUAAACGAUGAUAACAGUGGAGGCGGUUUUGAUGAAAUUAUGCCUAUGUCGACUUCUAUGGAAGCCGAACCAACUAUUGAUCAGGAAGCUGAUUCUGUUUCAAAAGCCGAACCAAAUAUGGAAAGUACUUCUGUAGCAGCAGAUGGGCCUAAUGAAGAAGAUAUAGUGUCUCAAUCAUCCGAACCAAUUGUAGAUGAGGACGCUGUUUCUGUUGCAGUAGAUGAGCCUGUCAAAGAAUAUACAGUGACUCAAACAUCUGAACCCAGUCUAGGUGAAGAAGCUGCUUCUGUUGUUGUAGAUGAUCCUGUCGCAGAAGAUACAAUGUCUGCUGCUUCUAUUGUUGUUGAAGAAGAUACAGUGACCCAAACAUCUGAACCAAGUCUAGGUGAAGAAGCUGCUUCUAUUGUUGUAGAUGAGCCUGUCACAGAAGAUACAGUGUCUCAAACAUCUGAACCAUUUAUAGCUGAGGAAGCUGCUUCUGUUGUAGUAGAUGAGCCUGCCAAAGGAGAUACAGCGUCUGAACCAAUUCUAGAUGAAGUAGCUGUUUCUAUUGUAGAAGAUACAGAUUCUCAAAUAUCUGAACCAAUCAUAGGGGAAGAAGCUGCGUCUAUUGCAGUGGAUGAGCCUGUUGAAGAAGAUAAAUUGUCUCAAAUAUCUAAACCAAUUCUAGAUGAAGCAACUUCUUCUAUUGAAGCAGAGGAGCCUAUUGAAAAUGGUGCUCCUUCUUUUGCAAUUGAUGCAUCUUCCCAGUUGUCGAAGAUUAACCAAGAUGAGUCAAUUCUGGCUGUGGAAGAACACAUGGCCAUAGAUGAUUCGGAAAGCAAUGACCAUCUUGAAGCAUCACAGACUGAUCUUGUAGAAUUGGAAUCUCCUCCGGCUCCUCUGGACAGUAAGGAAAUUCCCAUAGAAGAACUUCUUUUGACUUCCGGCGCUGCAGUGUUGCCAUAUCCCUCUAAGGCAUUGACAGGUGGAGAGGAUGCAUAUUUUAUCUCUGGCAAAAAUUGGUUAGGAGUAGCUGAUGGAGUUGGUCAAUGGUCAUUUGAAGGGAUUGAUCCGGGAGUUUAUGCCCGAGAACUUAUGGAGAACUGCAAAAAGAUUGUGUCAGAGGGAAAUGGAUCCUGGAGACCCACUCCUGUGGAGAUCCUCAGAUUAAGUGUUGCAGAAAGCCAGUCUCCUGGAUCAGCAACGGUUUUGGUGGCUCACUUUGAUGGACAGGCGCUUCACGUGGUAAACAUUGGCGAUUCAGGAUUUUUAGUACUGAGGAAUGGUAAUGUUUACAAAAAGUCGUCCCCCAUGUCCCAUGAGUUCAAUUUUCCCCUUCAAAUUCAACGAGGUGAUGAUCCGUCCAAACUUUUGGAGGGAUACAAGAUUGAACUGGAUGAAGGUGACAUCGUCGUUCUCGCCACUGAUGGAAUUUUUGACAACUUGUACGAGAAGGAAAUAGCUGCUAUUGUCACAUCUUCAUUGGAAGCUGGUACUGGAGUGCAGGAAACAGCUGAACUCUUGGCAACAAAAGCACAAGAGGUGGGUAGAUCUGCUUCUGGAAGAAGCCCAUUUGCUGAUGCAGCUCAAGCAGCAGGGUAUGUUGGAUACACUGGAGGGAAGCUGGAUGAUGUGGCUGUUAUAGUCUCUUUGGUCCAAAAGCAAACCAAUAUUGAUGCCUCAGUUUAG